GCAGCACACAGAGGAGCACUAGCUCAGUGCAGGCCUUUCUCAAUCAACUUGCAGCCUCCGGUGUCUCUUUAGCCGCCACCUCCGAAUGGGAUCACAGUGAGUGAACCCGUCGGCCGCGCCCAGCCUCACUGACGCAGCUUUCGCGCUGAAUCCAGAUCUGCCAGACUCACUAUUUUUUUUUUGCUGUCACACGACAAAAAAUGGCGGUUCACUUGCAGAGCUUGGCUGAACUUGAAGUGCUGUGUACACAAUUAUAUGAAGGGACAGAUCUUGGACAAAGGCUACAAGCUGAAAAGGUGUUACUGGAGCUGAUUGAUAGCCCUGAAUGCCUUAGCAAGUGUCAAUUGCUGUUAGAACAGGGAACAAAUUCUUAUUCUCAGCUGCUAGCCGCAACCUGUCUUUCAAAGCUUGUAAGCAAAGCCAGUCCAUUACCCAUUGAGCAGAGAAUUGACAUAAGAAAUUAUAUAUUGAAUUACAUCGCAUCACAACCUAAGCUGGCACCUUUUGUGAUCCAAGCACUCGUUCAAGUCAUUGCCAAAAUCACAAAGCUAGGAUGGUUUGAUGUUCAAAAGGACCAGCUUGUUUUUAGAGAUGUAGUUGCUGAUGUGAAACAGUUUUUACAGGGAACUGUAGACCACUGUGUAAUAGGUGUGAUGAUCCUUUCAGAAUUGACUCAAGAAAUGAACUUGGUGGAUUAUUCUAGACCCUCUGCUAAGCAUCGUAAAAUAGCUACCUCAUUCCGUGACUCUUCCCUUAAAGAGGUCUUAUUGUUUGCAUGUUCUCUUUUAAAAGAGGUUCUGGCCAAGCCUUUAGGUCUUCAGGAUCAGAAUCAGCAAGGUCUUGUAAUGCACCUCUUGAAACUCGUCCUCAAUUGUCUCAGUUUUGAUUUCAUUGGCAGUUCAGCUGAUGAAUCUGCAGAUGAUCUUUGCACUGUUCAAAUUCCAACAACAUGGCGAACAAUGUUUCUAGAUGCUGCUACGUUGAACUUGUUUUUUGAUUUAUAUCAUUCCCUACCACCACUAUUAUCUCAACUAGCCUUAUCGUGUUUGGUUCAGUUUGCAUCAGUAAGGCGGUCAUUAUUUAGCAACCCUGAACGUGCUAAAUAUCUGGCUAAUUUAAUUAAAGGAGUGAAAAGAAUACUUGAAAAUCCACAGGGCUUAUCUGAUCCUGGCACAUACCAUGAGUUUUGUCGCUUUCUUGCUCGUCUGAAGACAAACUAUCAGUUAGGGGAGCUGGUUGUUGUAGAGGACUAUUCUGAAGUUAUUAGAUUAAUAGCUAAUUUUACUAUUACAAGCCUACAGCAUUGGGAAUUUGCUCCUAAUAGUGUACAUUACUUAUUAACUCUCUGGCAAAGAAUGGUAGCAUCAGUACCUUUUGUGAAGUCAACAGAGCCUCAUCUUCUAGACACCUAUGCACCAGAGGUGACAAAGGCAUAUAUAACAUCAAGGCUGGAAUCUGUUCCUGUAGUAGUGAGGGAUGGCUUAGAAGACCCACUAGAUGACACAGCUACUGUAUUCCAACAGCUUGAGCAACUUUGUACUGUAAGCAGAUGUGAAUAUGAGAAAACAUGUGCCCUCCUUGUCCAGUUAUUUGAUCAAAGUGCCCAGAAUUACCAAAAACUUUUACAUUCUCCAACUGGAAAUCCAUUAGAGAGAACUGUUCAAGAAGGGCGCCUUGCGUGGCUUAUAUACUUUGUAGGUACUGUAAUUGGAGGACGUUUGACCUAUACCAGUAGCGAUGAGCAUGAUGCUAUGGAUGGGGAGCUCUCUUGCAGAGUGUUUCAGUUGAUUUCUUUGAUGGAUGCACGAUUGCCGCAAUCUGGAAAUGAAAAAGUUGAGUUAGCUGUUCUGUGGUUUUUGGAUCAGUUUCGCAAAACUUAUGUUGGAGAUCAACUGCAGCGCACCUCAAAGGUGUAUUCACGAAUGUCAGAAAUGUUAGGAAUCACAGAUGACAAUCAUGUUCUGGAAACAUUUAUGGCAAAGAUUGUGACCAACCUGAAAUACUGGGGAAGAUGUGAACCGGUAAUAUCAAGAACUUUGCAAUUUCUUAAUGAUCUUUCAGUUGGCUAUAUCCUUUUAAAAAAGCUGGUGAAAAUUGAGGCGGUGAAGUUUAUGCUUCAGAAUCAUACAAGUAAACAUUUUCCAUUCCUCGGCGUCAAUGAACACUUUACUCUACAAGACCUACGGUGUCGCACUACAUUCUAUACUGCUCUCACCCGUCUUCUCAUGGUUGAUCUUGGUGAAGAUGAGGAUGAAUUUGAGAAUUUCAUGCUACCAAUCACUAGCUCAUUUGAAACAGUUGCUCAGAUAUUUAAUAACAGUUUUAAACAGGAAGAGGCUAAGCGUAUGUUGAUCGGGCUGGCAAGAGAUCUUCGAGGGAUUGCUUUUGCACUUAACACAAAGACCAGCUACACCAUGCUGUUUGACUGGAUAUAUAUGUGCUAUUUACCCAUACUACAAAGAGCCAUCGAACUAUGGUACGGGGAACCAGCGUGUACGACUCCUAUAUUGAAGCUUAUGGCUGAGCUAAUGCAAAAUAGGUCCCAGAGAUUAAAUUUCGAUGUUUCAUCACCUAAUGGAAUUCUUCUCUUCAGAGAAGCAAGUAAAAUGAUUUGCACGUAUGGUAAUCAGAUCCUCACUCUUGGGAACCUGCCAAAAGAUCAGAUUUACGCAAUGAAACUCAAGGGUAUUUCCAUCUGCUAUUCUGCACUCAAAUCUGCUUUAUGUGGAAAUUAUGUCAGCUUUGGCGUCUUUAAAUUGUAUGGGGACAAUCACUUUGACAAUGUACUGCAAGCAUUUAUCAAAAUGUUGCUCUCCGUAUCCCAUAGCGACCUGCUGCAAUACCGCAAAUUGAGCCAAUCCUAUUACCCUCUACUGGAAUCUCUAACACAAGAUCACAUGAGUUUUAUCACCAGUUUAGAGCCACAUGUGCUAAUGUAUAUUCUCACGUCAAUAUCAGAAGGGCUUACUGCACUUGAUACCAUUGUCUCCUCUAGCUGCUGUGCUUGCUUAGAUUACAUUGUCACCUACCUCUUCAAGCAUAUAUCCAAGGAGGGAAAGAAACCAUUAGGGCGGAGGGAAGUUUCGCAAGAGGGACAGCGUCUACUACACUUCAUGCAACAGAACCCAAAUGUACUGCAACAGAUGAUGUCAAUCCUUAUGAACACCAUUAUUUUUGAAGACUGCAGAAACCAGUGGUCUGUGUCACGGCCAUUAUUAGGUCUAAUACUUCUCAACGAGAAGUACUUUACAGAGUUGCGGGAAAGUUUGAUAAACAGUCAACCUUCAAGCAAGCGAGAAUUUCUUGAACUUUGCUUUGCCAACCUAAUGGAGGGAGUGGAGCAAAAUCUUCUGAUAAAGAACAGAGACAGAUUCACUCAGAAUAUGUCAGUCUUCAGAAGAGAUGUAGCUGAGGCUCUGCGGAGUGAUGGGUGCACAGAGUUUUCUGGAUUUGAUAUGAUGAGCUGAUAAAAAAUAAAUUAGUUAAACUAGUAUUUUGUAGCUAUAUAUAGAUUUGAAGUUAUUGACCUCAUAAUAUUAGCUAAUUGUUGUUCUCAGAUGAAAAUAUCUAUAUAUAAAUUUUGCCUUUUUUAAGAAAAGAAAUCUGCAUUUUUCAUCUCAGGUCUCAAAUUUGGAAGUGGUUCAGCAUAAAAGUAAUGUUAUCUACGGUCUUAAAAAUAAAUGUUUCGAUAUUUGUAUUAAAUUUAUUUCUAUUCUUGUAAAUCUUCCAGAAGGUGCAGUAAAAAUGUGCUACCAAAGACAAAUAAACACAAUUUGCAGUUAAUCAAAAA